AUGCUUUUCCGUGCCAAGAUUCGCAUGAUCCUGAUCUAUUCACUGAUUAUUCGUGCUGUGGCUGUGCCUGUGAAUUGCCCAACGGAAUGUCGUUGUGAAGUGGAAUCAAAAACGGUGGUGUGUUCCGGUUCACUGCUGCUCACCAUUCCCGACACUAUUCCGCCUGACUUUGAUGUGCUCAUCAUUCGUAAUGCGUCGAUCCGCUCGAUCCCAAAACAUGCGUUCCGUCGAAUGGAACGACUACGGGAACUAUACAUAGAGAAUUGCGAUCAUUUGGCGUUUCUCGAGAAAUUCGCCUUUAAAGGUCUUAAAAAGCUGAGGCUGAUCAGCAUUACGAAUUGUCCACGACUGAAUGAGAUCCCGAAAUCAGCGUUUUCUGGGAUCGGUAACGAUUUCGGUGUGAAGAUUCAUUUUCAUAAAACCCCUGUUCAACGAGUUCAUGGAGGAGCAUUCAGACAUGCUCAUAAUAUAAGGGAAUUAUCGAUCUCCGGUACAGAUUUGGCUCUUUCUCGUCAUGCCUUUGCAGCAAUUACUCAGUUGGAUUUUUUGACCGUAUCCGGAGUCACCGUUGUUGAACCGCAACUAUUCACCAACUCAACUCGAUUCCAUAUUGUGCACUUCAAAGAGAUGAACUGUGAAAUACCACCACGUGCGUUCGAGGAUCUUGCACACGUCCAUCAGGUUUUGAUUCAACGAAGUCAUAUCUCGACGAUCGCCACGGAUGCGUUUAGUGGGAUGAGCACCGUAGAAACUGUUGAACUCUAUGACAACCGUAUAGAAACGAUAGCGGCGCGAGCAUUCGCAUCAAUCGUUAAUCUUGGACGGAUUCGCAUAGCUCGAAAUACUAUUCAAACUCUUCAAACCGUCGAGUCGUUGUUAUCGCAGGCUAUUCAAACUCGUGUCGAGGAAAAUACUCUGGAAUGUGGUUGUGAUCUACAGUGGAUGACGGCACAUGAGGAAAAACGCCUCGCUGACGUCAACUACUGCAGUGCUAGUGGAGUUCACCGAACUGUACGGAACUAUCUGCGACAAAAUUGCUAUCGACCACCACCGACUAGAAAUAUACCAACAGAGUAUACUUUUGUUGUGACCAAUCACGACAGGAUACGUGGCGAUGCGACAACAAGUUUCGCUAAAUCCCGAUUGUCUGUUUAUACGUUUGUGCCUCUCGUGUGCAUGAUGCUGUUGUGA